AAUGGUUUUGUCACUAACAAAUUAUGCUUAUUUGGCAAAUUUAGCUGUGGGUGUAAAUAAUGACACCUACAAUCCUGGAUAGACGAUGAUGAGGUUUCAUUUCAUUUCACUUAUUUAAAAUUCAACAACAUACAAAAAUCCAUUAGAUAAUCCAUUAGUCCAUUAGAUCGAUUCAAUUAGAUAAUCCAAUACUAAAAUCAAUUAGAUAAACAACAUUUAAGUACAACAGGUUACAGAUACAACAAAAUAGCUAACAUAAAAACAUUACAAUAAUACUGGAGAUUUGUAUGAAGAGGAAUUUCUUAAGAAGGGGCUCUCUCAAUAGUUAAACUAAUCGAGGAGAGAGCACCCCCUAUACUAAAAUCUUAUUUUACCGAAAAUUUUAAACAAUGUUUGGAGGUUGAUAUAUCCAAAAAACAAAUUUUGGAAAAUACUUUUAACCCCAUUUCGUUCAAUGUUUAUAUAUCUGCUACUAAAUUACACACAAUUUUUCCCGACAAAACUUUUCAUCGGCCAAAUAUUUUGACCGACUUUUUUACCGAUAGAGCAUGUGGUCAAAAAUAAAACAUUCUGAACAUAAAAUGUUUAUGUCAUGAAGCAAGGCCAUUCCCAUGAUGCAUUUGUUAUCAACAUUUCAGUUGUUUCCCGCCGCCGAUCUCGUCUCGAUCACAACACAACACAUAUAUACGUAGCUUGGCUUGAGAACGUAGCUAAUUACUGUAAGGUAAAAAGUCAAUAAAAUAAUCAAUAAAUUAUGGACGAAGAUUUUGCCCUGGCACUAAGUUUGCAGCAAUUUGAAAAUGAUGAUGAUAUCCAAGAAAUUGGGAUGAUAUCAGGAGUGAAGUUGCUGCCCACUGACCAAAUAGGCCUAAAAGAAAAUUUAGGCCAUGGUUUAACAACAAGCAAAACGCUCGCUGGACGACCGUUAUCCAUCGUUGAUGAGACUUGGGAGCUCAUAGAUCCUGUUCCAAAUAUCCACGAGCUGUUUAUACAGUUCAACCAGGCAUAUUUUGAAGGAAAAUUAGCGGGAGUUGAGGUUCGAUGGAGCCCAAGGAUGACGCUGUGUGCUGGUUUGUGUUGCUAUGAGGGCAGAGGUGGACUGUGCUCCAUCAGGCUCAGUGAGCCCCUUUUGAAGUUAAGGCCAAGAAAAGACCUUGUGCAAACAUUACUUCACGAGAUGAUCCAUGCCGUGCUGUUUGUUACCCACAACAACAAGGACCACGAUUCCCACGGUCCAGAAUUUCACAAACACAUGUACAGAAUAAACAAACAAACUGGAUCUAAUAUAACCGUGUAUCACAAUUUUCAUGACGAGGUUGGUAAUUCUUGUAUGGUUUCAACAUUAUUUGGCUUGUUUUCAAAAAUAUCUCUCCAUUACAGCCCUAAAAAUAUCGUUAAUAUCACUAAACUAAACCAAAAUUAAUACCAUUUCAUGCUUUCCUAGUGAUGCAUUGCUUUUCGAGCUUGGGUCACCGAGAAAACGUUAUUACGUUAAAAAAAAUAACAGGCAGUAAAAUACCAUUAAAAAUGCAGUUUUAAUUUUCAACUACGCUUUGAUGUUUAGAACAGCAUGAUGCCAAGUUGCUAUUAAACUUUGUGGCAUCAACAUGCAGAACUAGCAAUAAAUUUCAAAUUUGAAACCAACUAAAUUUCAAGCUAUAAAUUUUCUUCUAGCAUCUUUUAAAUUAGUCCCUGAUAUAGCGUGGUCGACAAAAAGUAAAUCACAGGAUAUUUCCAAUCGUCAAUCCAGGAGAAAUAUCACAAUUUAACCUAUUGUAACAGAAUGUAAUAUUUUUGGACCCCAACACGAAUAAUGUUACAUCAAGACCCAAGACAUAGUGCCUUACGUUCGUCUCUCCGACCUUUUUCGUAUCAACCAUUGCCGACGUAGUUACAAACCUAUGUAUGUAUAAUGUAUUAAGCUAUUUUUUGUUCCGCCUAUGAUUAUACUCGUUUUCAUCUCGGAAACAAUGCAGUCUCUCUUUUAAGAAACUUUUUUGCAGGUGAAGAAUUAUAGACAGCAUUGGUGGAAAUGUGAUGGGCCUUGUCAAAAAAGAGCACCGUUUUUUGGAAUUGUUCGCAGAGCAAUGAA